CAGGACUUGAUCAACGCCACCCAGCUUUGCUGCUAGGGCUGAUCCUGCCCAAAAGGACUAGUCCGGACAUUCUAAAGACAAGUCAUGAUCUUCCACCUAAAGCCAAGAGAAAGAGGGUCACUUCUAAGGUCAGUCUGGAAAACAGUCGCUUCACUGUCCCUUCACAUUUACAGGCAGAUGUUGGUCAGGAACAGACCCCACAGCCUCUGUGCACAGGGGAGCUUUCCUCAAGCCUUCCAGAGCAAGAGGAGCUGACAGUUGAUGGUCUUCUCGGUCUCAUAGAACAGCUCAAAAGAGACAUACUGUGUAGAGUGCCUUCCGCUUCUUGCCCCCAAGAUGCAAGAGAUGAAGUCCAUCAAACUCCUUUGGGCGAUACUUUCCAUUCAACAGCAGAUUCUGCUUCAACUGGAGAACAAUUGGGCAAUUUAACCCUGGGAACUUGGGGAUCACGGCCAUGUCCGAGUGGGGAAGAGAUACAGUUUUUUAUCGAUCCAGAUCUAUCGGAUUUCUGUAGCCUGCAUGGGCCUCUUUUACCUUCUGGGGUUUUACAUCCAGAUCAACAUGGAACUCCUAUGGCCUUACCCUAUGGAGCACAAGGGAUAAACACCUUUGGGAAUCCACUUCCACCGAGUGUCCUUUGUGCUGAAGCCGUGACCCCUGUGGAAGAAUGUCAGGCUCAACUUCCACCCCAGAUUCCUUAUGCCAACACGAUUGGAGCGCAUAACCCAUCUGUGCAGGAAACCUUAGGUCUUCUCCAAUAUGUGACACAGAUGCAGUCCAGCAUUCAAAAUCUGGAAGCUCAACCAUGUAGUCUCCUUACACAGGAAAUGAUCUCUGCAUUGUCUCAGAUUCCAGCUGGGUUAGAGUCGUUUCCAGUCCAGCAAGACGGUGGAUACUACAUAGGACCAACCUGAGAUGCUUGGGAGGGUGACAGGUAUGAUGGUGGUGGCUCAAACCUGCAAAAUAGAGGACAACUCCUCUUUGAGAGCAAACAGGGUAGAAAUAAGGGUAGAAUAAGCUGCAGGUGAAGGAGGUUUCAUUACUUUUUCUUAACCUGCUUGCAUAUUUAUUCCUUAUAAUUCUAAGAGACUGGGGUACAUUUAGGUUUCAAUUGUGCGUUGAUUGGGGUUUAAAAGUUUAUUUAG